AUGAGUACUACUAUUCCACGAGUUCUGGUGAUAGCAGGCUCCGACAGCUCGGGAGGGGCCGGAGUCGAGGCUGAUCAAAAGGCUCUAUAUGCUCAUGGCGUCUACGCUCAGACGGUCAUCACGGCAUUGACCGCACAGAAUACACUUGGAGUUUCAGAUGUGCAUAUCACUCCCCCGUCCUUUCUCGCCAAGCAGAUCGAUGCGUGCUUGAGUGAUAUUGGCUGCGAUGUCGUCAAGAUUGGCAUGCUUGCCUCAGCAGCUACAGUCGAAGUGGUGGCCGACAAACUGCUAGAGUGGAAGAACAAGAACGAGAAAGGCGCUAAAGCAGACAGAAUAGUGCUCGACCCUGUAAUGAUAAGUACGAGUGGGGCACAACUACUUCCAGGAGAUGCUGUUCGUGGCUUGUUGCAUCACUUGGUGAAAGAUGUCGAACUAGUAACACCGAACGUACCAGAGGCAGUCCUUAUGCUGAAAGAAGGAAAUCAGGAAGAUAUCAGGAGUCCUACAGAUUUGGACGGGUUAAAGCAGCUCGCGAAGGAUGUGUAUGCGAAUCUGGGACCACGGGCGGUGUUACUGAAGGGUGGACACGUGCCGUUCAAGAGACAAGAUGGCAAACUCGUAAAGGCAGGGAAUGAAGAGGAGAGAGAGAUAGUUGUCGACGUCCUCUUUGACGGGACCGAUCUUGUGCUGAAUGAAAGUGCUUAUGCACGGAGUCACAACACUCACGGCACAGGCUGCAGCCUAGCCAGCGCAGUUGCUGCGAACCUGGCUCUCGGAUAUGAGCUGAAGAAAGCCGUUCGGAGGUCGAUCCAGUAUGUCGGAAUGGGCAUCAAGAAAAGUCUUGAUUUCAGCAAAGGCCCAGGCCCAAUCAACCAUUUUCAUAAUGUGCAGAUUCUGCCGUUUGUCGAAGGUGGUUUUAUCGAGUAUCUGUUAGAUCGAGAGGAUGUACGUUCUGUGUGGCAGAAGUAUACAUGUCACCCAUUUGCGACUCAGAUGGGCGAUGGCAGCCUUCCCAUUGGCGCCUUUAAAGAGUAUCUGAUACAGGACUACCUAUACUUGACGCAUUUUGCAAGGACGAAUGCGCUGGCAGCCUACAAGAGCACAGGGAUGGAUGCCAUUACAGCCGCAGCUCAAAUUGUUUUACACAUUGAUCGAGAGAUGGCUCUACACUUGGAUUAUUGCAAGGAAUUUGGUCUUUCCAAAGGAGACAUCUUAGCUCACAAAGAGAGUCUAGCAUGUACGGCAUAUAGUCGGUAUGUGCUCGACAUUGGUCAAUCGCAGGAUGGGUUGGCACUCCAGAUGUCGUUGGCUCCUUGUCUGUUGGGCUAUGGUAUUGCUGCAAAGCGUCUGCAUACUGAAUAUCGCGACAAGCACGACGGUAAUCGCUACUGGAAAUGGAUAGAGAACUAUGUGGCCGACGACUACCAGGAAGCGGUUAGGGUUGGAUCAGAUCUGAUUGAGAGAAGCGUGAUAAAACAGUCGCCAUCGAGAAUCGAGGAGCUGAUAUCUAUCUUCAUUCGAGCUGCAGAGCUUGAAGUACGUUUCUGGGACUUUGGUGCUCAUGCGAGUGUUGGCUAG